UGAGGCUGUUGUGAUUCCCCACGUCCACGGACUUCCGUGGAGGCGCGAGCUCCAAACUCCUGGGUUAAACGUGUUUCACUUCGACUCGCACAGGUGUGAUCAUUCAAUCCUGAUUGGACCAAAACAGUCACCUGACACAAGGAUCGUUGUGGUCCAGGCUGCAGCUUCAUCAUGAUCAUGAGACCGCGUGCGUCCGUGCUGCUGUCCUCCGUCUCCAGAGUGGUGCAGCUCAGAGGCGGAGCCUGCAUUCUAACAGCAGCGCCCUCCAGUGGUCUCCCACGCACCCCAGCGUCCUGCUCCCGCUCCUACUGCAGCUCCAUCAAAAGGCGCUCCUAUCUUCACUACAUCAAAAACAAGAUCAUAGCCCCUCCCACACCGCCGUACAGUCACGUGUGCCAGGUCGGGGACCCGGUCCUGCGCUCGCACGCCGCAAACGUCGACCCUGCGGCGAUAACGGACCCCGAGAUCCAAAAGGUCAUCAAGACCAUGGUGAAGGUGAUGCGGAAACAGGACUGUGUGGGACUCAGUGCUCCUCAGAUCGGGGUCCCGCUCCGCAUCGUGGCGCUGGAAUAUCCCGAGCAGAUGUUGCGGGAGAGCUCGGCUGCGUCGAGGGAGGCCCGCGGUCUCUCCGCUCAACCCCUGAGGAUCUUCAUCAACCCAGCCCUGAGGGUUCUGGACGGACACACUGUCCUCUUCCGGGAAGCCUGCGAGAGCCUCUCAGGCUUCUCUGCCGCAGUUCCUCGUUUCCUGUCUGUGGAAGUGUCAGGUCUGAAUGAGAAAGGUGAAGGGGUCACGUGGCAGGCGAGCGGCUGGCCAGCUCGCAUCCUCCAGCACGAGAUGGACCACCUGGACGGCGUCCUCUACAUCGACCGCAUGGACAGCAGGACCUUCAUGAACAUCAAGUGGCAGGAGCACAACGAGUAACGAGGGGACAGACGCGGCGAGGAGACGCCGGACUUUCACAGGAGGACGUGAUACGGUGACGGACGGACGACGUCCUGUGAAGAAAUGGAGGUCGUUGAGAAUAAAAGACUCACUGAGAA